GGUGCGCGUACUGUGAGUUGCGUGAACGGCGGAGCGCUGUGUUUUAUUUAUGUUUUUGCCGAAAGCUGAAUAACACUGCAAAUACAUACUUAAAAGCUUAUUAGUAAUUAAUUUUUAGCUUCGUGUCAAUUUUAUAACAUUUUCACAAAGUAUUUUGAUCUUUCUCAGUCAAUAACUUCCCAGGAGCACGCGGAAUUAUUUAUGUAUUAAAAGUGCGGUUUGUGAGUGAAACCGGGAGUGUGAAGCCUCUACAGGUUGAUAUGCGAGGGGAUCGCCGUCUGCGUUGCUUGUAGAUGAAUACUAAUUUUAUGUGAUGUGCUGUAUUAUUAACUUUGUUAUAUAUCUUUUAUCGUCGAAGGAGUAAAGUGAGCGAGGGUAGCGAUGUUUGUGCAAUCAUAAGGAUGCUGGACGCUGAGAUGCCGACUAUGUCGGCCUUUAUUAAAGCCGCCCUGGCAGUAUUCGUGGUAGCAGGGUCGGUUGUGGCUGAACUUCCGAUUUUGCACACUGGCGUACCCGGCGAGGAGCUGACGGGCGGCGUGCAGUGCGGCGAAGAGCAGUUUGCGUGCGCAGACUCGUCGCGCUGCGUGCCCGCCGCCUGGCGCUGCGACAUGCGCCCGCAGUGCCCCGACGCUUCCGACGAGAUCGGCUGCACGUACAACAUGACGUGCGGCGCGGGCCAGUUCCGCUGCGCGCGCAGCGGGCUGUGCAUCGCCGCGAGCUGGCGCUGCGACGGCGACGCGGACUGCGGCCCGCACGACGCCUCCGAUGAGGACCCUUACAUGUGUGAGAGAGACUUCAAGUGCUGGGGCAAGUGGGCGCGCUGCGCCACGCCCGAGCACGGCCAGUUCAACUGCGUGCCCGUGUACCACUUCUGCGACGGCGUGCGGCACUGCCUCGACGGCAGCGACGAGUGGGACAUCUGCGAUAACUUCACCGAGGCGUCGUGCGCGUCGCACGGCUGCAGCACGUGUCGGCCCACGCACGAGGGCGUGGCGUGCUACUGCCAGCCCGGCUACGAGCCGCGCGACGGACUGUGCGUCGACAGCGACGAGUGCGAGUGGGAGGGCGCCUGCUCGCAGCGCUGCAGCAACCUGCCCGGCUCGUACACCUGCGCCUGCGCCGACGGCUACACGCUGCGCGACGACAAGCGCUCCUGCGCCGCCAUCAACGAUCCGGUGGGCGCUCCGCUGUCGCUGGUAGUUGCGACGCAGAGCGGGGUGGAGCGCGUGUGGGCGGAGGGCUCUCCGCCGCAGACAAACCGCUCGCUCGACGCGCUCGGGGUCAAGGCCUUGGACCUGCACUACUCCAACCGAUCCAUUUGCUACGUACACCAUAACAUAAGUCGCUCGUCGCUCGUCUGCGUGGACGCGGAUAACUUCAGCAACCGCACCGUCCUGGCGGCGCCCGACCUGUUCCCCGACCUAAACUCGAUCUCCCACCUGGCCAUCGACUGGAUAUCCGACGCCUGGUACUUCGCGGACGAGGCGCGCGAGGUGGUGUACGUGUGCGACGCGUCGCUGCGCUUCUGCCGCAUCCUGCUGGACUCCGGCCUCAGCAAGCUGCGCGGCCUGGCCCUGGACCCCGCCGCCGGGGCGCUGUUCUGGAGCGCGUGGGGCGCGGCGGCGCCCAGCGUGGCGCGCGCGGGGCUGGGCGGCGCCGGCGCGCGCGCGCUGGCCGCGCUCAAGCUGGUGUACCCGGGCGCGCUGGCCGUGGACCCCGCCGCGCGCCUGCUGUACUGGGCCGACGCCUACCUGGAGAGCGUCGAGCGCUGCGACUACGACGGCGGCCGCCGCCUCACCGUGCGCCGCGGAUACGUCACGCAAAAACUUCAACACAUAUCGGUGCUGGAGAGCACGCUGUACCUGCCGAUCUGGAGCAACAACAGCGUCGCGGCGGUGUCGCGCUACAGUCGCGAGCGCCGGCGCAGCUCGAUACCGCUGCGGGCGCGCCCGCUCGCCGCGCUCGUCUACCACCGACAGCGACAGCCACUCGUGUCGCACCCGUGCGCGACUAAUAAAGGCGGCUGCGCGCACGUGUGCGUGACGGCCUACCGCGGAGACGCACGCACGCCGCACGCGCAGUGUCUCUGCAAGCACGGGUACCGCCUCGUCGGCCACGGGGACUGCGAGCGCGUGGAGGCGGAGAGCUACCUGGUGGUGUCGCGCGGCUCGCCGGCGCUGGUGGGCGGGCUGGUGCUGGCGGGGCGCGGCGCGGCGCACGACGAGCCCUUCGCGCCCGCCGCGCACGCCGCGCGCCCCACCGCCGCCGACGUGGACGUGGCCGGCGAGCGCCUCUACUACUGCGACGUGCACAGGUACGAAAUCGUGCGACAAAAACUCGACGGCAGCGAGCGAGAGGUUUUCGUGGGAGACGAUGUCGACAACUGCGAGGGAUUCGCCAUAGACUGGAUGGGUCGCAACGCGUACUGGACGGACGACGCGCUGGGACAAGUGAGCGUGGCGCGACUAGACUCUCCGGCGCGACGCGUGCUGCUGCGCGACCCGCACUUCAACCCGCGCUCCAUCGCCCUCGACCCCGCCAACGGGGUCAUGUACUGGUCGGUGUGGGCGAGCGCGCUGGCCGCUCGCGGACGCAUCGAGACGGCGGCGAUGGACGCGUCCCGCCGCCGCACGCUGGUGGACUCCGAGCUGCACUGGCCCAACGGGCUCGCCCUGGACCUGCCGCGCCGGUACCUCUACUGGUGCGAUACCUACCUCAAUAAGAUCGAGCGCGUCCGAGUGUCGGCGACGGGAGACCUGGCGCCGGGGGCGGCGCGCGAGCUGGUGGCGCAGCAGACUCCCGACUUCCCGCUCUCGAAGCCCUACGGGCUGGCGCUCUACGAAGACAGCGUGCUGUGGAGCGAGCACGGCACGGGGCUGGUGCGGCGCCUGCUGCAGAACGGCUCGGCCGACACGCUGCGCGCCUUCCCGCCGCCGCUGUACGACGUGCGCCUCGUGUCGCGCGCCGCCCGCGCAGGCGAGAACGCGUGCUCGCGCGACAACGGCGGCUGCGCGGAGCUGUGCCUGGCCACGGGCGCGGCCGAGCGGCGCUGCGCGUGCGCGGCGGGCCGCGAGCUGCGCGCCGGCGGCCGCGCGUGCCGGCCCGCCCGCGCCGCCCGCGACUGCCCCGACAAACACUUCCACUGCGGCCACGGACGCUGCAUCGACGCGUCGUUCCUGUGCGACGGCGACGCGGACUGCCCCGACGGCGCCGACGAGGACGCCUCCGUCGGCGGACCCUGCGCCAACGUGACAUGUAACGGGGACGAGUUCAUGCAGUGCGGGACACGAUGUAUUCCGAAGAGCUGGGUGUGCGACGGACUGAAAGACUGCGCGGACGGCGCGGACGAGGCGGCGGGCGCGUGCGCGCGCGCGGCGUGCGGCGCGGCGCAGUUCGCGUGCGCGCGCUCGCGGCGCUGCCUGCCCGCCGCCUGGCGCUGCGACGGCGCGCCCGACUGCGGCCGCCAGGACGACUCCGACGAGGCGGGCUGCGAGAGCGAGGCGUGCGGCAGCGGCUCGUUCCGCUGCGCGAACGGCGCGUGCGUGCCGUGGGAGUUCUACUGCGACGGGCACGCCGACUGCGCCGACGCCAGCGACGAGCGCGCGUGCCCCGCCACCCCCGCGCCGCCCGCGCCGCGCCGCCCCGCGCACCCUCACAAUGAAACCGAUAAACUUGGACUCUGCGAGGACCACGAGUUUCAAUGCGACAACAGGGAGUGUAUUCGAAAGGAGUUCCGAUGCGACUCUCGCGUCGACUGUCUCGACGGGUCCGACGAAUGGAGCUGCGAAACCAUACACACCACUCCCGCCACCACCACCACGACGAUCGGCAGCACCGACAGCGGCGACGCCGACUGUGUCGCGCCGGCGAUGCGCUGCGACAACGGCAGUCGCUGCGUGCCGCUGCAGCAGCUCUGCGACGGCGCGCCGGACUGCGCCGACGGCGCCGACGAGGCCGACCGCUGCGGCGAGCCCAUGUGCGCGGUGACGGCGUGCUCGCACGGCUGCCACGCCACGCCGCGCGGGCCGGCCUGCUCGUGCCCCGCGGCGCUGCACCUGCAGCCCGACGGGUUCUCGUGCGCGCCGCAGCACCCGUGCGCCGGCUGGGGCGUCUGCAGCCAGACGUGCCAGCCGCUCCGCCAGCGCUACAGGUGCACCUGCUACGAGGGCUACCGGCUGGCCGACGACGGGUUCACGUGCAAGAGCACAGACCUCACGCGGCCGCUGCUAGUGUACAGCAACCGGCACGAGGUGCGCGGGGUGGAGCUGCCGUCGCUGACCUCGCGGGCGCUCGUGUCGUCUCUCAAGAACACCAUCGCGCUGGACUGGUGCGGCACGCCGGCCGGCGUGCAGCUCUACUGGACCGACGUGCUCGACGACAACAUCUACCGGGGCACGCUCGCGGGCGACGCCGUGACCGGAAUAGAAGUGGUAGUCCAGCAGGGUCUGUCCACGGCGGAGGGGCUGGCGGUCGACUGGGUCGCCGGCAAUCUGUACUGGGUGGAGAGCAGCCUGCACCAGAUCGAGGUGGCGCGCCUGGACGGGAAGUACCGACGGACCCUCAUCGCCGGCGACAUGGACAGCCCGCGAGCCAUCGCCGUCGACCCCGGCGUCGGCUUCCUGUUCUGGAGCGACUGGGAGGCGUCGGCGCCGCGCAUCGAGCGCGCGUCGCUGGCGGGCCGGCGGCGCCGCGUGCUGCUGCGCGUGGGCGCGUGGCCCAACGGGCUGGCGCUGGACCUGCCGGCGCGCCGCGUGUACUGGGUGGACGCGCGCGCCGACUCCGUGCACACGGCGGACUACGAGGGCCGCGACCGGCGCGACGUGCUGCGCCGCCACCCCGCGCUGUCGCACCCCUUCGCCGUCACCGUGUUCGAGUCGCACGUGUACUGGACGGACUGGCGCACCAACAGCGUCGUGCGCGCCAACAAGUGGAACGGCACCGGCGUGGCCGUCGUGCAGCGGACGCUCACGCAGCCCUUCGACGUCAAGGUCAUCCACCCGAGCCGGCAGCCGCCGAGCGCCACCAACCCGUGCGUCGACAACGGGAACUGCUCGCACCUGUGUCUCAUCGACGCGCCGGCGGAGCGCGUGUGCGCGUGCCCGCACCUCAUGCGCCUCGCGACGGACAACGUCACUUGCGAAGUACACGAGCGCGCGAUAGUCGUCGGACGCGCGGGUGAGAUCCGCGGCCUGUCCCCCGAGCAGCCCGCCGCGCACACGCUGCCCACCCUGUCGGGCCCGCAGCUCGCCACGCCGGCGUCGCUGCACUACCUCGCCGACGAGUACGCCAUCUUCUGGGCCGACACCGACACGAACGAGAUAAAGCGCGCGGACGUUCGCGGGGGCGGCAGCGGCGGCGUGACGGUGGUGGCGGACAGCGGCGUGACCGCUCCGCGCGCGUUGGCGCUGGACUGGGCGGCGCGCGUGCUGUACUACGUGUCGCGCGGCGCGCUGGUGGUGGCCGGCCUGCGCGGCGACCACACGUCGCCGCUGCUGCACGACAUGGAGCACGUGUCGGCCCUGGCGGCGCACCCCCUCGAGGGCCGGCUGUUCUGGGCGACGGUGCGCGCGGGCGUGGAGCUGGUGGAGGGCGCCCGCGGGGACGGCAGCGAGCGCCGCGUGCUGCUGUCGGCCGCCGACGAGCCGCACCUGGCCGGCGCCACCAGCAUGCGCGUCGACGUAGAGAGCAAUCGACUCUACUGGGUCAACCAGGCCUCCGCUACGAUUCAAUACAUAGAUCUGAACACUGAGAGAGUAACCACUGUGCCGCUGGAGGCCGGCGCGCGCCCCACCGCGCUGGACGUGUACGCGGGCGAGCUGCUGUGGGCCGACGCCGCCAGCGCCGCCCUGCGCGCCUGCGGCCGCGACCUGUGCGACCGGCCGCGCCUGCUGCGCAACGACACCGACGGCGUCAUCUCGCUGGUGGUGUACGACGGCGGGCGCCAGCGCGGCGGCGGCGCGUGCGCUCUGCGGCGCGAUGCGUGUGCGCAUCUCUGCGUGCCGUUGUCGGCGUCGCGCUCGGCGUGCCGCUGUGCGCAGGGGUACCAGCCGCGCGGCACGCAAUGCGACGCCGUGGACGAGGUGCUCAUCUACUCGCUGAGCUGGGAGCUGCGCGGCCUGGCGCUGAACGUCUCGGCCGCGGUCGCCGUCGACGCCUUGCCGCCCAUUCCGCAGGUGUCCUGCGCCGCCUCCAUUGACUACUAUGCCGAGGAGGAGUGGGUGUACUGGGCGGACCCCGAGAGCGGCGCGGGCUGGCGCGCGCGGCGCUCGGGCGCGGGGCGCGCGCGCGUGCUG